UCAGAGCCAGGCUCCACUCUGACUCUACAGUCAACCCGAACACGCCGCAGAGCUACUGCACACAGACAAGCAUCUCUUUGACUGGGAUAAACUGGUGUAGACUGGGAGUACAGACAGCAAACAUGGGGCGGAGUGUGUUCUGUCUUGUUAUGACUCUCGUAUCUCUUUGUGCAUGGGGAUAUGUCGAGGCUCUCGCUGGCAAUGCUGGCCCCGGUUUCGCCGUGGCAGAGCCGCAGGUUGCCAUGUUCUGCGGGCGGCGGAUUCUACACGUCAACAUCCAGACGGGCCAGUGGGAGCCAGACCGGGCCGGGAGGCAGGGCUGCUUCACCAACCCGGCCCAGAUCCUCAGCUACUGCCAGGAGAUGUACCCUGAGCUGCAGAUCACCAGCGCGGUGGAAUCCUCCCAGCCCGUCACCAUCAGCAACUGGUGCAAGAAGGGCUGGGGCCCCUGCAAGAGCCACCAGUUCAUCGUCCUGCCCUACCGCUGCCUGGUGGGAGAGUUUGUGAGCGAGGCUCUGCUGGUUCCUGAUCGGUGUCGUUUUCUGCACCAGGAGAAGAUGGACUCCUGUGAGAGUUACAUCCACUGGCACAACAUCGCUAAAGAGGCCUGUGGAACUGAGGGGCUGGACCUGCGCAGCUACGGCAUGCUGCUGCCCUGCGGGGUGGAUCGAUACCGGGGGGUCGAGUAUGUCUGCUGCCCAGAGAGGAGCUCCGGAGUCAGGCUAGAGGAGGCAGAGGAGCUGGGGAAAGAACCAGGGAUUGUCACUGUUCAAACUGAACUGCAGAGAACCGGAGAGAAGGUGACCCCCCCAACCUGGGAGCCUGUCCAGCUGUCCCAAAGCCAGGGGAAGGGGGAGGGGGAGGGGGAGGAGAGAGACGACUAUGAUUACAACUUUGAGCCAAACCAGACCCCAGACUAUCUGGACUCCUACUAUGAUCGCCUGACCGAGGGGAGCCGGGCCCCCACAGCUCCGAGCACUUCACCUCCCGAGGCUGCAGCCGUCUCCACCCCUCGCCCCACGGACGGUGUGGACGUUUACUUUGAGAUGCCCGGGGACAACAGCGAGCACGCCAGCUUCCUGCGCGCCAAGAUGGACCUGGAGGAGCGGCGAAUGAAACGCAUCAACGAGAUCAUGAAGGAAUGGGCUGAGGCAGACAACCAGUCCAAGAACCUGCCCAAGUCCGACAGGCAGGCUCUGAAUGAGCACUUCCAGUCAGUUCUCCAGACUCUGGAGGAGCAGGUUGCAGGAGAACGGCAGCGGCUGGUUGAGACACACUUGGCCCGAGUCGUCACAAUGCUCAAUAACAACCGCCGGGUGGCGCUGGAGAGCUAUCUGUCCUCGGUGCAGGCCGACCCUCAGCAGCCAGAGCGAGUCUUGCAGGCUCUGAAACGCUAUGUCCGCUCCGAGCAGAAGGACCGCAGACACACGCUGCGCCACUACCAGCACAUCGAGGCCGUCGACCCGCAGAAGGCAGAGCAGAUGAAGUUUCAGGUUUACACCCACCUGCAUGUGAUCGAGGAGCGGAUGAAUCAGAGCCUGGCUCUGCUCUACAAGGUGCCCAGGCUGGCCCAGGAGCUGCACAAUGAGAUCCAGGAGCUGCUGCGCUCCGAGCGGGCCGACGCCAGCGAGCUCAUGACCACCUCGUUCUCGGAGACGCGCACCACAGAGGAGUUCCUGCCGAUGGACAGCGCGGAGGUGCGGGACGAGGAGGAUGAUGAUGACAAAGAGGAGGAGGGGCAGGAGGAGGCCCUUGAGACCAGACCCUACCCCCUGCUCCCCCACGUCGCCCAGGACUCCCCCCACAACACAGACCAGGCAGAGUCUCAGCAGAGCACCAAGAAAACCUCUGCGAUGGAUGAUUAUGACUACUCUACACUAGAGAAGGCCAACUACGACUACGAAGAGAAGGUCAACACCACCGUGGCUAUCAGAGAAGUGGUUUACAGAUCCUCGGAUAUCCAGAGAGACGAGCUGGAACCCGACGCCUUGGAGACCUUCAACCGCGGCGCCAUGGUGGGACUGCUGGUGGUGGCGGUCGCCAUAGUGAUGGUGAUGGUGAUCAGCCUGCUGCUGGUGCGCAGGAAGCCCUACGGGACGAUCAGCCACGGGAUUGUGGAGCAGGUUGACCCCAUGCUGACCCCGGAGGAGAGGCAGCUCAGUAAGAUGCAGAAUCACGGCUACGAGAACCCCACCUACAAAUUCUUAGAGCAAAUGAACUGAGAGAGGGGCGGAGUCAACGGCCACGCCCACAGGAACCAUCUCACAGCAGGAAUAAUACAUGCUUUCCCCUAGGGACGUAUCCAAACUCCCCCGCUAAACGAAAAACGCAACACUCUCGUGUGGAAACAGGCCUGCAAUUUCUCACGUUCCCUUAUUCAUUUUACUUUGUUCAAGUUACAUAAAGUUUAUAUAUAUAUAUAUAUAUAUAUAUAUAUAUAUAUAUAU